AUGCCGAAAGCCAAGAAAGGAAAGAAGAAAGAUGAUGAUGAGUGGUUCGAUAGUGCUGCCGAAAAGAAAAUCGAAGAACAGUUAAAGGCUCUUGGACUCGAUGCUAAAGAUGAUGACAACGACCCUGGCGUGAAAAAGAAUAAAGCCAAAUCUGGCAAAAAUAACAAAAAGAAGAAAGCUGAUUUGUUGGCCGAGCUGAUUGCUGAACAAGAUGAUCAUGAUGACAAUGUAGUGGAGAAUGCAGCUCCUGAAAAAACGAAAGGAAAGAAAGGGAAAGAAGGUGAUGUUGAGAAGGAGAGUGGGCCAAAACAGAAAAAGGGCAAGAAGAAAAAUCGUAGGGCAUUUGAUUCAGAUGAAGAGGAAGAAGUGAUUCCACAGCCUGAGGAGGUAAAACCAGCAUCAGACUCUGAAGAGGAUUUGCCAAAAAGUAAGAAAAAGCAGAAAAAAAAAGCCAAAAAGAAAUUCUUCAGUGAUGAUGAAGAAGAGGAGGAGGUGGAAAAAGUAGAAGAAAAUGUUCAAGAGAAAAAACAGGAAGAGGAUAUUCUUGAGAAUGGAGUUGAGAAUAAUGAGAGUGAUGCCAAAGAAAUUAAAGACGAAGAGGAACAAAUAGAAAAUAAUGAAGAAAAAGAAGAAUUAGAAAACACAGAAACAAAAGAGAAAGUUGAAGAAGUAAUGCCAAAGCUGAGCAAGAAAGAACUGAAGAAAAUGAAAAAGCAUCUGGAAUUUCAGAAACAGCUUGCUGAAGAAGGUGACAUUCGCCAGUUUACAGUGUCACAAGCUGAAAAAUCUGCUAAAGCUGGUGCCCAGCUUGACAACCAACAAGACAUCAAGGUUGAAAAUUUUUCCAUCUCUGCCCGAGGCAAAGAUCUUUUUGUCAAUGCAACUCUGCAUAUAACAAAUAGCCGGCGUUACGGAUUGGUUGGGCCAAAUGGGCAUGGAAAGACUACCCUUCUGAAACACAUUUCAGAACGUGCAUUGAAUAUUCCUUCCAAUAUUGAUAUUUUAUAUUGUGAACAAGAGGUGGUAGCCGAUCAAACAAAGUCAAUUGAUGCAGUUGUCAGCUCUGACAAGAGAAGGGCUGCUCUUUUGGAAGAGGAAAAGAAACUGUUAACUGCAAGUCAGAAAGGAAAUGUUGAGAACUUGGAUAGAUUGAAUGCUAUAUAUGAGGAAUUGAGGGCUAUUGGUGCUGAUGCUGCAGAAUCUAAAGCUCGCAGAAUUUUGGCAGGUCUUGGGUUCACGAAAACAAUGAUGGAGAAACAGACAAAAGACUUGUCAGGUGGCUGGAGAAUGAGAGUUUCACUUGCACGAGCCUUGUUUUUAGAACCAACUCUCUUGCUAUUGGAUGAACCUACAAACCAUCUUGACUUGAAUGCAGUUAUUUGGUUGGAUAAUUACCUGCAAGGGUGGAAAAAGACUCUUCUUGUUGUUUCUCACGACCAGAGCUUUUUGGACAAUGUCUGCACUGAUAUUAUACAUCUGGACCAACAGAAACUCUUCUAUUACAGGGGAAAUUAUGGUGCCUUCAAAAAAAUGUUGGUCCAGAAAAGGAAGGAACAGUUAAAAGAAUAUGAGAAACAAGAAAAACGGAUCAAAGAGAUGAAAGCUUCAGGGAAAUCUUCUAAACAAGCGGAAAGUAAGCAAAAAGAAGCAUUGACUCGUAAACAGCAGAAGAACAAAGCCAAACAAAAUAUCUUUGCUGAAGAUGACAAACCAACAGAACUUUUACAAAAGCCAAAGGAUUAUAUUGUAAAGUUUUCAUUCCCAAAUCCUGCUCCACUGAAUCCACCCAUUUUAGGAGCUCAUGGUGUGUCCUUUAAGUAUGAACAUAGUGAAUGGAUUUUCAAAGAUCUGGAUUUUGGUAUCGACAUGACAUCUCGAGUUGCUAUUGUUGGGCCAAAUGGUGUUGGGAAAAGUACAUUUUUAAAGUUGUUAAAAGAAGAAUUGGAACCAAUUAAAGGAGAAGUUAGGAAGAACCACAGACUUCUGAACCUUGAUGAAACUCCAGCUGAAUAUUUACAGCGACUGUUCAAUUUGGGAUACCAAGAUGCCAGAAAGAUGUUAGGACGUUUUGGCCUAUCUAGCCAUGCUCAUACCAUUCCUAACAGAGAUUUAUCUGGUGGACAGAAAGCUCGCGUGGCUUUGGCUGAACUUACCUGCAGAGCACCAGAUGUUGUCAUUUUGGAUGAACCUACAAACAACUUGGAUAUUGAAUCAAUUGAUGCUCUUGGAGAUGCCAUCAAUGAAUAUGAAGGAGGUGUCAUUAUUGUCAGCCAUGAUGAGCGCUUGAUCCGAGAAACUGACUGCCAGUUGUGGGUAAUUGAAGACAAUACAAUAAACGAGAUUGAAGGAGACUUUGACGAUUACCGACGCGAGUUGCUCACUUCUUUGGGUGAGGAAUUGGCCAAUGCCGCAGCUGCCUCUUCCUCUUCAGUGAAAUGA